AUGUCCGCUCCUCCAUCACACAUAAGCCUCGCCCCUCCCCAGCUCCUCGGCGCCUUCUCCAUGUCCCCCACCUCCUCUCCUUCCCCAAGAGACAAUCCCUUUGACUCACCGCCUCUUUCUCCCGCCCUCUCCUUCUUCACCGCUCCCUCAACGCCUAUACCUUCCCCUCACCUCGAAGAUCCUCCCCCUCAGCCUCCUCCCCCACAAGUCGACCUUUACGUCAGGUCCCCAUCACCCCCUCGCACCGAUCAUCGCGUCACCACUUCGUCAUCUUUCGAACUCGAAACCAUCCCUCCACUUGACGCUCUCUCUUCCCCAGACUUCUCCCUAGAUUUCACCCUCGAUGACGAGGGUUUGAGUACCCUAGAAAAAAUAUAUCUCUUUUGUCGAAGUAAAUCCGCUUAUCAUAGGGUCUUUAUCGCACAUGCCCUGCACUCCUUUUUGGAGCUGGUAACUCCUCUAGAAGCUGUUGAGUAUGUACUCCCUCUUCUUCCAGGUCUCGCAAUCGACGAAGAUGAGACCGUUAAAGAAGCCCUUGCUUCUGAGCUAGUCAAAAUCUUGUGGUGGUUCCUGACGCAUUGUCGCCUUGUCGAAGAACCUGCAGAUCACAUGAUUGCUUAUUCAAGCCCGGACCACCAACAUGCAGAAGGUGAAACCCUUAUUUCAGUACAAGCGUUCACUCCUGUUCUAGGCACUCUGCUGCUCAGCCCUAAUGGCAUGGUCAGUAGCUCUGCCAGAUAUGCGGUCGUCGAGGUCUUGAGAAAAAUGCGUCAAAUGGAUGAGCUUGAUAUCAACGACGAAGCCAUGCAGACUAAUGAUCGCAGCGAAGAGAUUCAAAACGGUGUGUUUGGACCGUACGAACGGAAUAUAUUUGAAGAAGAAAUUGUCCAGCAAAUUAUCAUUGGCAUGGGACGAUUGGAUACAGAGGACGAAGAAGCUAGGUGGGUGAGUGAUAACGACAGUGCCAGUGGAAACGAAGUAUGGUAUGAUGCAGGUGCUGGAGAACGAUCCGAGGGUGUAUCUCCAGCUUGCGACAUACUGGCUUCGAAUGAUUUCGAGCAUGAUUCACCCAUGUCGAGCAAUUUCAACCCUUACUUCCCGGCAAUAUCUUCUUGGCCUGCUGCUGCUAGUCCUGUACAGCCAUCAAUAUCGCAAGUUCCUCCUGCAUUGAAUGCGCUUUCGACUCGUGGCAUAGAUCGCGGUUCGGAUAACCAGCCUAUGACCGCUCUAUCAUUCGUUGCCGAGACUGUCGGGUCAUCGACAGAUCCUUGGGUGUCGACCCAAGGGCCGCAGCCUGAAGCUGUGCCGUGUCCAACGCACGUGGAUGACGACCCUAUGGAACUCAGUCAUGAGCAAGAUAACGACGACGACGAAAUUGACCCAAGUGAACAGGCUGCUGUAGGGCGUCUGUCCAGCAUGAGUCUGAUAGCCGCUGUCACAGCUGGCGGAACAUUAAGAGAAGAGACAAAGACUGCGUUCGUCAGGGAAGUAGAGCGGGUGGGACGCGACUCCAUUUACUGGGUACGACGGGAAGCGUCUUUUGCGUUGGGAGCGCUUGCCAAAGUGGUUCCUGCAGAGGUCGCUGUUUUCUCUUUGCUUCCUUUGUUUGAAUCCCUACGAUCGGAUCCUGUAUGGCACGUGCGGCAUUCAUCUUUGUUCGCACUGCCCGCCCUUCUGUCUCGAUUGUCUCCUGCACAACGUAGAGCGGUUUCUCUUGCCAGUAUAGUGCCCCUAUCGCGGGAUGAAUCUGCACCAGUUCGUUCUGGUGUAUUAGAAGCCUUAGGAGAGGUCGUGUAUACCUUUCACGAGGACGAAGACGGUCCACCGCACGAGCUCCUUAGGCUCUUUCUCGGAAGAGAGGAAGAUCGACGAGCAAGAGAAGCACAACAACAAAAUCCUAGUCCGCAGUCGUCAGGAUCAUUAGGUACUCCCACUUUAGAUCCGUUCUAUGAUGACCCAGCACGGCCACUUGCCUGCGCGUUUAAUAUUCCUGCCGUAGCGCUCACUCUCGGUCGAGCGCGAUGGGGAGAAUUACGUGCACUUUUUCUAACGCUUGCGCAAAACCGUUCGAUAAAAGUUCGGAGAACACUCGCUGCAAGUCUAGGCGAAUUAGCCAAAGUUAUCGGACCGGAACAUGCUCAAAGAGAUUUAAUUGGUGUAUGGUGGGAUGCCAUGCGUUGCGAAGAAGAAAGUGAUAUAAGGAUGAAAGCCAUCGAAGGGGUUCAAACUUUUGUAAUGGCGCUGGGCCACGGGGAAGGGAGAGACACCGUUAUGAAAGGCCUUUUGGAUAUAUGGGAAGAAGGAUGGUUGAGGAAGUGGCGGGAAAGAGAAGGUGUUGUGAAAGCCCUGAUUACUUUGGACGGUGCGCCUGGAAGACCUGAGGUUAUUAGCCAGAUUUUGAAAAAGGGGCUAGAGGAUGCUGUGGGAGGAGUGAGGGAGGCAGCCAUCAUGAUGGUUUAUCAGAUGUCGCAAGCACUGGAUGUGUGGAAACAUAUAUUUGACAUUGUCUGGGCCGACAUUUUGGCAUUCGCCGAGCACCCGUCCCAUAGAAAGCGCAUGACCUUCGUUGCGUGCCAGCAAGCGCUGGUUUUUGCUACGCAAUCCGGCAAAUCAGUGCUUAUGGUAAAUGAUAUGGUGCAUUGGAGGGCGUUUAGCCAACUUGCUAAUGACCAUAUUAUCGGCGUACGUAUUGGCGUUGCACGAUUGACAGGUAUCAUAUGCUACAAGCUCAGUGGUGAUUCGAAACCAGUUCCACAGCACAUUCUAGACUUGGUAAAGCAUCUUCUGCAGGAUUCCUGUCAGGAGAACAGAUAUCGCACGAACAGCGUUUUCCCGACACAUGUAGACACAUUUUUGACAUUCUCGCGCCCGCCUCCUCCUUCGGAACAAAAUACAAGCUCUGAUAACACUGGACAAGAUCCUAGGACCGACACUGCCUCGGUCAAUCUCAUUGGUCAGAUACAGCUUGCGGAAACACUGUAG